UCUCCCAAACAGGGCAAUUCCCUAACUUUUCUCUUUUUCUCACAAGGCUAUAGUUAAAUAUUCCAUCCUGGAGCACAUAUCCCGUCUCAAAAUUCCGACUGUGGGCUCCUCGACGCCAAGGCACUCCGACUGUCGCAAGCCCCUGCUCCGGUUCGCACACCAGGACUGGAUCCAGGUCUAGAUCCCUCCGCUCAGCCUGGGUCCGUACGCAGAACAGAGAGCCAGAGAGUGAGUGGUGACAAAGAGGCGCUGUGGUUGGAGGGAUAGCCAGACGGACCAAUGGGAUCGGGGAAUCUGGCACAGAUGCUGCUGGGAUGGGCGGCGGUGUGUCUUGCAGCGGCCCAUGUGGCAAGCGAACAAACUGGGACUGGACCGCUCCAAGCUAGCCGCCUAACCAGCACCGUGGACCAGAGAGAGGUGCAGCGGGUUCGACGCCGAGGCCAGGAGACACUGAGAGGGCCCAAUGUGUGUGGCUCUCGCUUCCAUUCAUACUGCUGCCCCGGCUGGAAGACUCUGCCAGGAGGGAACCAGUGUAUUGUUCCAAUCUGCAGGAAUUCAUGUGGCGAUGGCUUCUGCUCCAGACCCAACAUGUGUACCUGCUCGAAUGGCCAGCUCUCUCCCAGCUGUGGAGCAGGAGCAGGAGUUCAGUCCUGUAACAUCAGGUGUAUGAAUGGAGGCAGCUGCGCGGAGGACUCUUGCUCCUGCUCCAAGGGCUACACCGGCAGCCACUGUGGACAGCCUGUGUGUGAGAACGGCUGCCAGAACGGUGGGCGCUGCAUUGGGCCCAACAGAUGUGCCUGUGUCUACGGUUUCACUGGGCCGCAGUGCGAGAGAGACUACCGGACUGGGCCAUGCUUUACCCAGGUGAACAACCAGAUGUGUCAGGGCCAGCUCAGUGGAAUCGUCUGCACAAAAACCCUCUGCUGCGCUACCAUUGGACGAGCGUGGGGCCACCCCUGUGAGCAGUGCCCUGCCCAGCCACACCCCUGCAGACGGGGCUUCAUCCCCAACAUCCGCACUGGAGCCUGCCAAGAUGUGGACGAGUGCCAAGCUGUGCCGGGUCUCUGCGCCGGAGGCAACUGCAUCAACACUGUGGGAUCUUAUGAAUGUAAAUGCCCCGCCGGUCACCGUCAGAGCGAAACCAGCCACAAGUGUGAAGAUAUUGACGAAUGCAGCACCAUCCCUGGCGUGUGCGACGGGGGAGAGUGCAGCAACACCGCUGGCAGCUACGUGUGCACCUGUCCACGAGGCUACAUCUCCAGCUCAGACGGUUCCAGAUGUGUGGACCAGCGUGUGGGAACCUGUUUCUCUGCUCUGGCUAACGGCCGCUGUGCUGCCGAGCUGAGUGGUCAGUACACCAAGAUGCAGUGUUGCUGCGACACGGGACGCUGCUGGGCUUUGGGACAGAUCCCCGAGAUGUGCCCCGUCAGAGGUUCCGACGAGUUCAGGCGCCUGUGUAUUGUGGGUGUUCCCCAGGGACACGGCCUCCCUCACGGUUACCCCAACGGACACUUCCCCAACAAUGGCAACGGCUUCAACUAUGGUCACAAGUUCCCCAGUGUGCCUAACGGCAAUGGUAAUGGAGGCAUCGGUGGAAACGGUGGCGGAAGCUUUGGAGGAAAUGGAGGAAGCUUUGGGGGGAAUGGAGGAAGCUUUGGAGGCAACGGAGGAGGGCGUCUGAACCACCAACAGAUAGGCACUGUUUCUGUGAACGACUCCAUUGACGUGUGCAAACAUUUCACCAACCUCUGCCUGAAUGGACGCUGCAUUCCGACACCCACCAGCUACCGCUGUGAAUGCAACAUGGGUUACAGACAGGAUGUCCGUGGGGAGUGUAUCGAUGUGGAUGAGUGUGUGAGUAAUCCAUGUAUCAAUGGCGACUGUGUCAACACACCUGGAUCGUACCACUGCAAGUGCCACGAUGGCUACCAAGGGACACCCACCAAACAAGCCUGUAUUGAUAUUGAUGAGUGCAUCAUGAAUGGAGUGAUGUGUCGAAACGGCCGCUGUGUCAACACAGACGGAAGUUUUCAGUGUAUCUGCAAUGCAGGCUUCGAGCUCACACCUGAUGGAAAGAACUGCAUCGAUCACGAUGAAUGUGCCACCACCAACAUGUGUCUCAACGGCAUGUGUAUCAACGAGGACGGCAGCUUUAAGUGCAUCUGCAAGCCUGGCUUUGCACUAGCACCUAACGGACGAUACUGUACCGACAUCGACGAGUGUCAGACAUCUGGCAUUUGUAUGAACGGCCGCUGCAUCAACUCCGAGGGCUCCUUCCGCUGCGAGUGCCCACCAGGCCUGGCUAUCGAUGUAGAUGGGAGGGUUUGUGUGGACACGCACAUGAGGACCACCUGCUACGGGGCCAUAAAGAUGGGCACAUGCUCACGUCCGUUCCCUGGUGCAGUGACUAAGUCUGAGUGCUGCUGUGCCAACGCCGAACAUGGCUUUGGAGAGCCAUGCCAACCCUGCCCAUCCAGAAACUCAGCUGAGUUCCAGGCCGUGUGCAGCAGCGGCAUUGGCAUCACAGCCGACGGCAGAGACAUCAACGAGUGUGCCCUGGACCCGGACAUUUGUCAGAACGGCAUUUGCGAGAACCUGAGAGGAAGCUACCGCUGCAUCUGCAACAUCGGCUACGAGUCCGACACUAGUGGCAAGAACUGUGUCGACAUCAACGAGUGUCUGGUGAACCGUCUGCUCUGUGACAAUGGUCUCUGCAGAAACACUCCUGGCUCCUACACCUGCUCCUGUCCUAAAGGAUUUGUCUUCAAACCUGACUCAGAGACGUGCGAAGAUAUCAACGAGUGCGAGUCCAGCCCGUGCAUCAACGGAGCGUGUCGCAACGUGGCCGGCUCCUUCAACUGCGAAUGCACCCACGGCAGCAAGCUGGACUCCACCAACACCAUCUGCGUGGACAGUAUGAAGAGCACCUGCUGGCUGACGAUACAGGACAACCGCUGUGAGGUCAACAUCAACGGAGCCACGUUGAAGUCGGAGUGCUGCUCCACACUGGGAGCCGCCUGGGGCAGCCCCUGUGAACGCUGCGAGAUCGACACCGCUUGCUCCAGAGGAUUUGCUCGUAUGAAGGGCGUUAUAUGCGAAGACAUUAACGAGUGCGAGGUGUUCCCCGGAGUGUGUCCAAACGGCCGCUGUGUGAACACCCAGGGCUCAUUCCGCUGCGAGUGUUCUGAGGGCCUCACCUUGGACAGUACUGGACGCACAUGUGUGGACACGCGCAGUGAGCAGUGCUUCCUGAAGUGGCACGAGGACGAGUGUGGCGAGCCGCUGCCUGGGAGAUAUCGUAUGGACAUGUGCUGCUGUUCAGUGGGCUCUGCCUGGGGUAUUGACUGUGAGGAGUGUCCCAAAGCAGACACGCCCGAGUACAAAGCCAUCUGCCCCCGAGGGCCCGGCUUCGCCAACAGAGGAGACAUUCUGACCGGCAGGCCCUUCUACAAAGAUGUGAAUGAGUGUAAGGUGUUCAACGGUCUGUGUACUUACGGAAACUGCCGAAAUACCAUUGGCAGCUUCAAGUGUCGCUGCAACAAUGGCUUCGCUCUGACUGCUGAAGAGAGGAACUGCACAGACAUCGAUGAGUGCCGCAUCUCCCCUGACCUGUGUGGUCACGGUGCCUGCGUCAACACACCCGGCAGCUUUGAGUGCGAGUGCUUUGAGGGCUACGAGAGUGGCUUCAUGAUGAUGAAGAACUGCAUGGACAUCGACGAGUGCGAGAGGAACCCCCUGCUGUGUCGUGGGGGAACCUGUCUGAACACAGAGGGGAGUUAUGAUUGUGAAUGUCCAACCGGCCACUCGCUCAGCAACGAUGGCUCUGCCUGUGAAGAUGUGAACGAGUGCCAGCUGAGUGAAAACCUGUGCAAGAACGGACAGUGUGUCAACUUGCCAGGAACCUACCAGUGCACCUGUGACACUGGUUACCAAGCCACACCCGACCGACAGGGCUGCGUUGAUAUCGAUGAGUGCACCAUCAUGAACGGAGGCUGCGAGACCCACUGCACCAACUCAGAGGGCAGCUACGAGUGUAGCUGCAGUGAGGGCUACGCUCUCAUGCCUGAUCUCAGGACCUGUGCAGACAUUGAUGAGUGUGAGGAGACACCAGACAUCUGUGACGGAGGCCAGUGCACCAACAUUCCUGGGGAAUAUCGCUGUCUGUGUUACGACGGCUUCAUGGCGUCCAUGGACAUGAGGACCUGUAUUGAUGUGAACGAGUGUGAUUUGAACCCAAACAUCUGUCUCCACGGCGACUGUGAGAACACCAAAGGCUCCUUCAUCUGCCACUGUCAGCUGGGAUACUUUGUCAAGAAGGGAUCAACGGGCUGCACAGAUAUCGACGAGUGUGAGAUCGGGGCUCACAACUGUGACAUGCAUGCUGCGUGCAUCAACGUCCCGGGCAGCUUUAAAUGUCGCUGUCGAGACGGCUGGGUGGGAGACGGCAUCAAGUGUGUGGAUCAGGAUGAGUGCUCUGCAGAGGACCACAACUGUAACCCCAACGCAGACUGUGUCAACACACCAGGAUCCUACAGGUGCACGUGCAAAGAUGGCUUUAAUGGAGAUGGCUUUUCUUGCUCUGACAUGGAUGAGUGUGCAGACAACGUCAACCUGUGUGAGAACGGCCAGUGUCUGAACGCUCCCGGUGGCUACCGCUGCGAGUGUGAGAUGGGCUUCACGCCGACAGAAGACAGCAAGGCCUGUCAAGACAUCGAUGAGUGUAAUUUCCAGAACAUCUGUGUGUUUGGAACGUGCCAGAACCUUCCAGGGAUGUUCCGCUGUGUGUGCGAUGAUGGUUACGAACUGGACCGCAGUGGAGGAAACUGCACUGACAUCAACGAGUGUGCGGACCCCGUGAACUGCAUCAACGGACUGUGUGUGAACACUCCGGGGAGUUACCUGUGCAACUGCCCAGCUGACUUUGAGCUCAACCCCACUGGAGUGGGCUGCGUGGACACCCGUGUUGGAAACUGCUUCCUGGAUAUCCUCGCUCGCGGUGAUGGAGGAAUCUCCUGCAGUGCAGAGAUCGGAGUCGGAGUGACCCGAGCGUCCUGCUGCUGCUCCCUGGGCGGAGCCUGGGGAAACCCCUGUGAACUGUGCCCCCCCACCAACACCACGGAGUAUAAGACUCUUUGUCCAGGAGGAGAGGGAUUCAGACCCAACCCCAUCACCGUUAUCCUGGAAGAUAUUGAUGAGUGUCAGGAGCUGCCGGGACUCUGCCAGGGUGGAAACUGUGUCAAUACCUUUGGCAGUUUCCAGUGUGAAUGUCCAGCAGGCUACUAUCUCAACGAAGAGACGCGGAUCUGUGAAGAUAUUGAUGAGUGCACAACUCACAUUGGGAUCUGUGGACCUGGGACCUGCUACAACACUCUGGGCAACUACACCUGUGUGUGUCCACCAGAAUACAUGCAAGUCAAUGGAGGAAACAACUGCAUGGACAUGAGGAAGAGUGUGUGUUACCGUAACUUCAAUGACACAUGUGAGAACGAACUGUCCUUCAACAUGACCAAGAAGAUGUGCUGCUGUGCCUACAACGUGGGAAAGGCCUGGAACAAGCCGUGCGAGUCCUGUCCUACUCCUGCUACCUCUGAGUACCAAUUACUGUGUGGUAACCAGGCUCCCGGUUUCAUCAUCGACAUCCACACUGGCAAGCCGAUCGACAUUGAUGAGUGUAGGGAGAUACCAGGUAUCUGUGCCAGCGGAGUGUGUAUAAACCAGAUCGGGAGCUUCCGCUGUGAAUGUCCCAUGGGCUUCAGUUACAACAACAUACUGCUCAUUUGUGAAGAUAUUGAUGAGUGUAACAGUGGGGACAACCUGUGCCAGCGCAACGCCAACUGCAUCAAUAUUCCUGGAAGUUACCGCUGCGAGUGCUCGCCAGGCUUCAAACUGUCCCCCAGCGGGGCCUGUGUGGACCGUAAUGAAUGCCUGGAGAUUCCUAAUGUGUGCAGCCACGGAGAGUGUAUUGACACACAGGGCAGUUAUCGCUGUCUCUGCCACAACGGUUUCAAGGCUACAGCUGACCAGACCAUGUGCAUGGACAUUGACGAGUGUGACCGACAGCCAUGCGGCAACGGUACCUGUAAAAAUACAGUGGGAUCCUACAACUGUCUCUGCUUCCCCGGCUUCGAGCUCACACACAACAACGACUGCAUGGACAUAGACGAGUGCAGUGCCCUCCAAGGCCAAGUGUGCAGGAAUGGACAGUGCAUCAACGGUCUUGGUUCCUUCCAGUGUCUCUGCCAUGAGGGUUAUGAAAAUACUCAAGAUGGGAAAAACUGUGUCGAUAUCAACGAGUGUGUGAGUCUGCCCGGUACCUGCUCUCCAGGAACUUGUCAGAAUCUUGACGGAUCUUUCAGGUGUAUCUGCCCUCCAGGAUAUGAAGUGCAAAAUGAUCAGUGUAUAGACAUCAACGAGUGUGAGGAGUCCAACAUCUGCCAGUUUGGCACCUGCACCAACACCCCCGGCAGCUUCCAGUGCUCCUGCCAGCCGGGCUUCGUACUCUCUGACAACAAACGGCGCUGCUAUGAUACCAGAGAAAGCUUCUGCUUCACCAAAUUCGACACAGGCAAAUGCUCCGUGCCCAAAGCCUUCAAUACUACUAAGGCCAAGUGCUGCUGCAGCAAGAUGCCUGGAGAGGGCUGGGGUCUUCCCUGUGAGCUGUGCCCACGAGAGAGCGAAGCUGCUUUCAACACUCUGUGUCCGUUCGGCCACGGAGCCCUGCCUGGACCGGGAGAUGCUCGCGAAGAUUUGAAUGAGUGUCUGGAUAACCCAGGCAUCUGCCAGAACGGUAUCUGCAUCAACACCGACGGCUCCUUCCGCUGUGAAUGCCCCUUCGGAUACAACCUGGAUUACACGGGAGUCAACUGUAUUGACACCGACGAGUGCUCCAUAGGAAACCCCUGUGGAAAUGGAACCUGCACCAAUGUGGUGGGAGGUUUCGAGUGUUCGUGCCAGGAGGGCUUCGAACCUGGACCCAUGAUGACUUGUGAAGAUAUCAAUGAGUGCUCCCAGAACCCUCUGCUUUGCGCCUUCCGUUGUGUCAACACCUUCGGCUCCUAUGAGUGUAUGUGUCCCGCUGGCUAUGUGCUGCGAGAUGACCAACGCAUGUGCAGAGACCAGGACGAGUGCUCGGAGGGUCUGGAUGACUGCGACUCCAAGGGCAUGACCUGUAAAAACCUGAUUGGUACCUUCAUGUGUAUCUGCCCCGUUGGCAUGCAGCGCAGACCAGAUGGAGAGGGAUGUAUGGACCUGAACGAGUGUCGGGCCAAGCCCGGCAUCUGCAAAAACGGCCGCUGUGUCAACACGGUGGGAAGUUACCGCUGCGAGUGUAACGACGGCUUUGAGACAAGCUCCACUGGAACUGAAUGUAUCGAUAACAGAAAGGGCUUCUGUUACUCUGAGGUUUUGCAGACCAUGUGCCAGCAGUCGUCCACCAACAGGAACAGUGUGACAAAGUCGGAGUGCUGCUGCAACACGGGCCGAGGCUGGGGGUCACAGUGUGAGCUCUGCCCGCUGCCCGGCACCGUACAGUACAAGAAGAUGUGCCCACUCGGACCUGGCUACACCACCGAUGGAAGAGACAUCAACGAGUGCCAUGUGAUGCAAGACCUGUGUCACAAUGGUCAAUGCAUCAACACCAUCGGAUCCUUCCGCUGUCACUGUAAUGUCGGUUACAAAACCGACUUCACGGCAACCUCCUGCGUUGAUAUGGAUGAAUGCGCUCUGUCUCCGAAGCCCUGUAACUUCCUGUGUAAGAACACAGAGGGCAGCUACCUCUGCUCCUGCCCCCGAGGAUACAGCUUACAGCCAGAUGGAAAGACCUGCAAAGAUCUGGAUGAGUGUUCAACCAAGCAGCAUAACUGCCAGUUCCUCUGCGUCAACACCAUCGGAGGGUUCACCUGCAAGUGUCCCCCUGGCUUCACCCAGCACCAGACUGCCUGCAUCGACAACAACGAAUGUUCGGCUCAAAACAGUGCGUGUGGUAACCGGGCCUCUUGUGUCAACACGCCGGGUAGCUUCAACUGUGAAUGCUCCAAAGGUUUCUCCUUGGACACCACGGGCGUGGAGUGUGAGGACGUGGAUGAAUGUGGCAGCAACCACCGCUGUCAGCACGGCUGUCAGAACAUGCUGGGAGGUUUCCGCUGUGGCUGUCCUCAGGGCUACGUGCAGCACUACCAGUGGAACCAGUGUGUGGAUGAGAACGAGUGUCAGGGAGGAACAGUGUGUGGCUCCGCCUCCUGCUACAACACACUGGGCAGCUUCAAGUGUGUGUGUCCCUCUGGCUUUGACUUUGAGCAGAACAACGGUGGCUGCCAAGAUGUGAAUGAAUGUUCCACAGGCACCAACCCCUGUAUCUACGGCUGCUCCAAUACCGAUGGAGGCUACCUGUGUGGCUGUCCUGGAGGUUUCUACAGAGCUGGACAAGGUCAUUGUAUAACAGGCUCAGGUUUCCAAGGCCCGUUUGUGGAGGGUGAGGAUGAUGAGAGUCUGUCUCCUGAGGCCUGCUACGAGUGUAAGAUCAACGGAGGUGGAAAGAAUGGAAGACACAAGCGCAACACUGAUGAAAAUGACCUAAACCAGGAGCCAGCAGUGAGCAUGGCCAGCGUGGACACCCAGGCCUCCAUCCCCAUGAACCUCUCUCUGGCCUCGCUCGUCAACAAGGAGCCUCUUCUGGAGCUUCUGCCCGCCCUGCAGCCCCUGGAGCACCACGUACGCUACGUCAUCACGCACGGCAACGCCAAUGAACACUUCCGCCUGCUGGAACGCCGUGACGGAAAGAGCGUGCUCCGACUCGGAAAGAGGCCGCCUGCAGCAGGAUCCUACCGGCUGGAGAUCACCAGCCUGCCGCUGUUCGGGCCCCGGAGACUACACCAGCUGGAGGAGCAGCAUGACAGUGACUACCUACAAGGAGAACUAGGAGACGCCCUGCGCAUCAAGCUUCACAUCCACCUGCACUGAGCUCAGAGUGUGCCUGCCCUGGACUGAUUCCUAAAGCCUUAGAGUUUUAACCUUCCCUUUUAUCCAGUAACUCCCAGCUCCCCCCUGCAGGACCAUCCCCACCAUCAGUGGGUCAUCAAGGGCUAUGAAAAACUGAGUCAAUCAGCCCAACUAUUCCACCACUUUGUUACUGUUCAUGUUAUUAUAUGUUCAUGUUUGUUUUUUGUUUUUUCGUCUUACCUUGACUACACUUCCUCUAGCGCCCCUCCACUUCUACCCGACCUAGCACUCAUUCUCCACUGAGAGAUCCAGUGGAGGAGAUGGCAGAGAGGUGUCUCAGUACUCAGACCACGGUGCUGAAUAAAGACAAAGCAGGAAACAGAUGGCCCGCAAAUCCAUGAAGCACUUUUGUAGACAUGCAAAACAAGAAGUUAAGCAAACAGGAGGGGUUUGUUUGUUUUGAAAAAAAUCAGAAAUGAAGUGCUGAGAGUGGCCAAAACUAUCUUUAUGCAGCAUGUACGAUGGUUUAUAAAUCGCUGUGCAGGAGUCUUUCUCAUUUCGUAUUAUAAAGAAUAGAAAUAUUAAGGCUAGAGAUCGGGGCUCAGGUGCCAUCAUGGUGGUCCAAGGACUCUCUCACCUCUCUGUGAUCUUGCAAAAAAAAAAAAAAAAAUCACAACACUGGGGAACAAGGUUCGUCACGUCUGCCCCUCUCAGUAUUGUAGUGUCAUUUAAUAUAUUUGUGCUGUUUGAAAAAUGUUAACACGAAGGACUGCAACAUUUACACAGCAUUUCAGGUUCUGAAGUCCAUAGGGGACUGUUUAAUAGCUGGAUGCCAACCAAUUUUCAGAUGAGAAAAAACAGUAAGCCGUGUUCUGCUCUGAUGUGACUGACUCUUGCCCUGCCUGCAGGCAGCGGCAAGCAGGGAUCUGCGUGUUUGCGUGUGUGUGCCGCGUCAUGUCUGGUUACCUCAGUGCUUCCCGUCGAGUAUGGACACCAUGCUGUGAUGCUGACUUUAAAACAAAAGAGGGCGCUAGUGUCCCUCAGCAUCCAUCAUGAGCAGGGAAUACAUCCGCUCGUGGCCUGUAGACUUAAAGGAAGAUAGAUCAGGUCACAUUUGUAUUUAUCCUUUGAGGGAUUUAAGACUUCAGGUGCACUGAUUUUGGACCUGGUAGCCAGCUUUUUUUUCUCCAUUUAGUCCAAAGUCUCUUUCCCUCGGCGGCUGUCAGAGGCGAGUAGCUUCUCCUGGUUCUGCAGUUUUGCUGCAAACUAAAAAUAAAUGCUUCAGGAGAACGGUGCUGAGAGGCUGACAGCUGACAUUGGACGGCUGAACUCGACAAUAAGCCGACUUUAUCUGACUUCUUUGACUUAACCGUGAGCUCGAUGUCUGAGGUCUGAGCCUUGUUUACAACACAAAGAGAUACACAGCUGGACACAGUGACAAUCUUAAAAGGUACAUGACAUGUUAACAUUACCUAAGCUGUAACUAAAGGUAGUGCUUUACAGUGUAAGGGCACGCACAGGUGAACACAAAACCUCACAAAAGGAAAAAUAAAUUCAUCAGGUCAUCUCUCAUUUCUCAUGAUUUUUUUUUCUCUCAAAGAGAAAAAAGGUGCUAGAUAAUACCAUCUCUCACUCUGUACAAAGAGAGCGCAGUCUUGAUUCUGGAUUGCAAAAGUGACAUUUCUUUUUGCUAGGUUUUUCAUGUUGUGUUUGUCUGUCUUUUGUAUUGUCUCAUUGCUGAAAAUCCAAUAUUAUCAAAUUUGCUUCUUGAAAAUUAAAUUGUAUAUUUUUAAGUGAAAUGUUGAUUUUUUUUUUUUUAUAUAUAUAUAUAUGUCAAGGCUGCCAAACCAAAUACUCACAGUAAACCCGAGACUGAAGGCCUUUUGUGCUGUUGACUUUUUGUUGAGAAAAAAAAGAAGCUAAACCAAAAACCAGCAAACGCUGCAUCCUAUCUGUAGUUGAUCACUGACUGGAUCCUUUGAAACCACAGGCGUCAGUCAAAUCAAGAAAGUAAGGAAUCCCAACACAGACUUAACGAUGAUAAACAUUCCCAUCGUCUUUUAUCACACUGUCUGUACAAAGUCAUCAAUGCAAACCGAACCAUCUCCACGUAGGAUCUCUGGUGCUAAACAAUAUGUUUUUCUCUUAACAGUCAAGGUUGCUGCACUGCUCAACAGCCGAGGCAAUGUUUAUAACACAUAACCAUUUUCUAACCUGGGAACCUUUGUAUACUUUGUAUCUUUAUUGUCAGUUUGUAAUUUUUCUUUUAUUUGCCACUAUGUUUUUAAAAAAAAAAAGAAAAAAGGCAGUGUGCUGCGUAUGCUUACUGUAUCUCAGCGUCAGUGUCAAACUUGAAACAAUACUGUCGUCAUCUGCUUGCGUCGAAAUAUCACCUGCUUUAUAACUCAGAAAAGAAGGUGCCUGAAGUUUCUGCGGUUCAAAUGUUCAGCACAAGCCUGACACCAAGUGUUCAUACCAAAGUCUAACUGAAAGCUGAAACGACAAUCAUCCACGUCGCACAUCUACUAGUUGCGGAUUAAUAAAUCAGUCAGCCAUUAUGGAAUAUCUUUUAAUAGGAACAUCUUUGUGCAAGACAAAAACCAAAGAUUUAUUAAACCAAAUGGCAGUCUGUAAGAUUAGAGUGAUUCAUAUCAUACUGUACACUUUCUGUCCAAUGACAUAAAUGGCAAUAAAGUAUUGUGGGUUCUAUUUUUAA